AGCCAGUCGAGCACAUGUGAGAAUGAAAAUUGAAAAAUCCUAGCGUUUGAUCAUAUUUGUUAACGAACCGUGUUCGUGAUCUCUCGAGUUUCACGUUUCAUUACUGCUUGAUUGUGUCCGUUUUCGACUUCAUUUUUACCUGCAAGUUAGCAUAACUUUGAAAUCGCAAUUCCUGCUUCUAAUUUCGUAUUUCUAAGCUUCAUGCGAUGGCUCAGCUCGAGUGUCUGCAAGAAACCAUAGAGAUUGAUGGUGUUGUUUAUGAUAACUUGCUUCUAGUCAAAGCUUAUGAACAAGCUAUCGAUGAAACGAAUAAAAAUCUCAUUCUUGGCAAGGUUGAACCUGAUGUAGAAAUGCCCCAUCAUGCUCCUUCCACAGUGCCUCAAAAGGUUCUCUUGGAAGAGGGUAUGUUUGUUCGAGCAUUAUAUAGCGAAGACCAAAAAUACUAUGAGGCUACUAUUAUCAAAGUUUUCGAGACUUGUUGUCUUGUCGAGUUUGCAGGUAGUUCAUCUGUUUCUGUCUUGUCAAUUAAAAGAGCUAUUGCAAUAUGUUGGAAAAUAGCUCAAGGUUACAAGAACAGAGAAAAAGUAGCAAACAAAUACAUUCAGAAAUCGUUGGGCAAAGAAGCGCAACAGAGACAAAUAAUGGAAGCCACAGCUGAAGUAGAUGAAUUGACAGACAACAGAACAGCCCAGAGCAGUGAAAUUGAAACUGAUGAAAUGACUGAAUGUGAUUCUAGUCGACCUCUUUUUAGAAUGCCUCCAGAUCGAUCGACAUUCAGUCCAUUCAAGGGUGGACAGCCCAUGAUUCCUCCUCCAAUCCCACCUCAUAUCAUGAAUCAUUUCCCACAGUCAGAGUCAGAAAUUGUCUCAUCAAUGUUGCUUUCCUGGUAUAUGAGUGGAUACCACACUGGUUAUUGGCAAGGAUAUCAGGCAUCCAAAAAUCGUUCAAACAGUGGACGGAGUAGAUUUCGAAAAAAAUAAAAUCAGCCUUUAGCUGUUAUGUACAUCCAUAGCCAGCAGCUCUCGUAUUUUUCUGUUUUGUUUGUGAGUAAACUAUUUUUUCGCUCAAAA